AUGCUUUGCCAAAAUGACUGCCAGCGCAGACAGCCCUGCCUCCCUCCUCACAUCGUCUUCUUGAGGAACUUGCCCAUGAAUAGAAGUGUUGGUCCCUCCAGCGCCGUCUGUAACAUCGAGCGCUUGCCGUCCUGCGUGGAUCCCUGCUACUAUGCCAGGGUUCCUCGGGGCACCACCACGUACAUAAACCUGUCUAAUCUUGGCAGGAGACAGAUUGCCCUGGAUCCGUGCUGGUUCGGGAUUCCCACGUGUGUGGAUCCCUGCUGCCAGGACCAGAACAGGUGCACUACCAGGUGUGUGGAUCCCUGCUGCCAGGACCAGAACAGGUGCACUACCAGGUGUGUGGAUCCCUGCUGCCAGGACGUGACCAAGUGCACCACCACGUGUGUGGAUCCCUGCUGUCAGGAUGUGACCAAGUGCACCACCACAUGUGUGGAUCCCUGCUGUCAGGAUGUGACCAAGUGCACCACCACGUGUGUAGAUCCAUGCUGUCAGGAUGUGACCAAGUGCACCACCAGAUGUGUAGAUCCCUGCUGUGAGGAGGUGACCAAGUGCACCACCACAUGUGUGGAUCCGUGCUGCAAGGAAGUGACCAAGUGCACCACCACAUGUGUGGAUCCCUGCUGCAAGGAAGUGACCAAGUGCACCACCACGUGUGUGGAUCCAUGCUGCGAGGAAGUGACCAAGUGCACCACUAGAUGUGUAGAUCCCUGCUGUGAGGAGGUGACCAAGUGCACCUCCAGAUGUGUGGAUCCCUGCUGCAAGGAAGUGACCAAGUGCACCACCAGAUGUGUGGAUCCCUGCUGUGAGGAAGUAACCAAGUGCACCACCAGAUGUGUGGAUCCCUGCUGCAAGGAAGUGACCAAGUGUACCACCAGGUGUGUGGAUCCCUGCUGUAGACCCGUGACCAAAUGUGCCACCACAUGCGUGGACCCAUGCUGCGGCAGGUUUACCAGGUGUACCACCAGGUGUGUGGAUCCCUGCUGUGGAGGUGUGACCAAGUGCAGCACCAGAUGUGUGGAUCCCUGCUGCGAGGAAGUAACCAAGUGCACCACCAGAUGUGUGGAUCCCUGCUGCAAGGAAGUGACCAAGUGCACCACCAGAUGUGUGGAUCCCUGUUGUGAGGAAGUGACCAAGUGCACCACCAGGUGUGUGGAUCCGUGCUGCAAGGAAGUGACCAAGUGCACCACCAGGUGUGUGGAUCCAUGCUGUAGACCCGUGACCAAAUGUGCCACCACAUGCGUGGACCCAUGCUGUGGCAGGUUUACCAAGUACAGCACCAGGUGUGUGGACCCCUGCUGUGGGGGUGUGACCAGAUGCACCACCAGAUGUGUAGAUCCCUGCUGUGAGGAAGUGACCAAGUGUACCACUAGAUGUGUGGAUCCGUGCUGUGAGGAAGUGACCAAGUGUACCACCAGGUGUGUGGAUCCAUGCUGCAAGGAAGUGACCAAGUGCACCACCACGUGUGUGGAUCCAUGCUGCGGCAGGUUUACCAAGUGCACCACCAGGUGUGUGGAUCCCUGCUGUGGAGGUGUGACCAGAUGCACCACAAGAUAUGUAGAUCCCUGUUGCAAGGAAGUGACCAAGUGUACCACUAGAUGUGUGGAUCCGUGCUGCAAGGAAGUGACCAAGUGCACCACCACGUGUGGGGAUCCCUGCUGUCAGGACGUGACCAAGUGCACCACCAGGUGUGCAGAUCCCUGCUGUGGAGGUGUGACCAGAUGCACCACCAGAUGUGUAGAUCCCUGCUGUGAGGAAGUGACCAAGUGCACCACCACGUGUGUGGAUCCCUGCUGUCAGGAUGUGACCAAGUGCACCACCACGUGUGUGGAUCCCUGCUGUCAGGAUGUGACCAAGUGCACCACCACGUGUGUGGAUCCCUGCUGCGCGCCCUGCUUUAUGCAGCCCACCCCCCUGUGCGCCAGCGUCUGCGGCCAGCAGUACUCCAUCAGCUGUGCCGAUAUCUGUUUGCGUAAGUGA